AUGUCUGCAAGACAAAUCUUCGAAAAGUUCGACAAGAACAAAGACGGCAAACUUUCAUUGGACGAGUUUCAUGAAGCAGCUCUUGCUUUUUUUAACAACUUUUCUCAGGAAGAUAUCAGUAGUAUGUUCAAAGAGAUGGAUGUGGACGGUGACGGCGAGCUAGACGCUGAUGAGUUUACUUCGUGCAUUGAGAAGAUGUUGAAGGAUGUGUUUGAUUUUUGUGAUGUCGACGGUGACGGGAAGAUACCGGCCGAUGAGUUGUAUGUGAGCAUGACUAAGCUCGGGAAAGAGUGCACCGAGGAAAGCUGUGCCGAGAAGGUUCGACUCGCUGAUGCAGAUAGUGAUGGUUAUUUGAGCUUUGAGGAGUUUACGGCUAUGGUGUUAAGUGACUUCUAA